UUCUCAUGUAACGAAAUCGAAAGUAGAAAGUUACCGGGUGACAUAGAAGAUAGCCUACUGAAGGAGGUGAGCAAAUAAUGGAGGGAGGUGUGUCUUUCUGUGGCUGGAAAGCUGUUAAAGACCGCACUAAGUCUCUGUCUGAGAACCAGGAACCGAAGUCAGGCCGUGAAUAUACAAUGUUCCACGGCACGCAUUUGAAAAACGCCGAGACCAUCAUUAAUGAAGGAUUUGAACCCUCUAUAGAUGGAAUGUUGGGCCCCGGGGUUUAUGUCAGUCGUAACAUUGCGAAAGCCAAAUGUUACCCGCAUAAAACCGACAAGAACGACAAAGUCGUUUUCAAACUGAGGGUGCGUGCUGGAAAAGUGAAGAAAAUAGACUGUGACAAUCAUCCUCUUCAGCAAACGUGGCACAGCAACGGGUACGACUGCGCGUGGGUUCCGCCAAAAAGCAACAUCUCCGCCAUCAAGUCUGGUCGCGAGGAGGACUGCGUGUGGGACCCCAAGCGCAUCAGUGUGGUUGACGUGGCGUGCUGUGUGGAUGACGCUAAACGCUGGGAGCUUCGACGGAUGAUUCGCAGUAAGCUGAAAACCGGAGGCUGCAGUCUUUGCCAUCUCGACGCUUCUGAUGGCCAUGAUGUUCAGCCGUGCUGGGAAUGCCAGGAAGACAUCUGCCCCUUUCAGGGAAAACACAUGUGUAAAAGAAAGUUAAGAGAAAGAGACACAAUGUAGCCUAUCACCCUGUAUCUUUCAGAUUAUAUGUUUAUGACUUCUGUGUUGGGUUGUACGUCCGUAUGAGUUUUAUUUCAUGUAGACUAAAUGCUAUUUGUGUAAUUUAUCUCUCUGUUGUGUGUAAUCGUGUUAAUAGAUGUUUCAUUAUCAUUAAAAAAUUCAUUAUUUCACAUUA